GGGGCGUGGCCUAAACUGGGCCAAAGUUCGGUGCCGCGGGUUCGAGUCCCGGCUCCGGCGGCGGCGGCGGCCAUGGCUCGGGCGGUGCUCUUCGACCUCGGCGGGGUUCUGCUCAAGCCGGGCCUGCAGCACUUCCUGAGCGCCUGCGAGCGCGACUGGGCCUUGCCCGGGGGGUUCCUGGCGGCCGUUCUGGAUGCCGGCGGAUCCCAGAGCCCCUGGUCCCGAGCGCUGCGGGGCCACAUCGGCCUCAGCCAGCUGCUGGAGGAGCUGGAUGAGCGCUGCCGCGCCCGCGGCCGCUCCCAGGGCGUGGCCAUUCCCGAGGGAUUCUCGGCGUCCCGACCCUUCCGGGAGCUGCGGGAGCGCGGCCGCCUCGACCCGCGGCUGCUGAGCGCGGCCACCCGGCUGCGGGGACACGGGUUCAAGACCUGCGUCCUGACCAACACCUGGGUGGACGACACCUCCUGGAGGUCCCUGACGGCCGCGCUCCAGGAGCAGCUCCGGCGCCACUUCGACCUGGUGCUGGAAUCCUGCCGGAUCGGGAUGGCCAAGCCCGAGCCCGGGGUCUUCUCCUACGCCCUGGAGGCGCUGCAGGCGCGGCCGCAGGAGGUGAUUUUCCUGGAUGAGCUGGAGGAGAACCUGGGGCCGGCGCGGGAGCUGGGGAUGGCCACGAUCCUGGUGCGGGACACGGAGUCCGCCCUCCGGGACCUGCAGGAGCUCUCCGGGAUCCAGCUGCUGGGCCAGGAGGAGGCGCUGCCGGCGCCGAUCACGCCCGACGAGGUCGCGCACGGAUACGUCACCAUCCGGCCGGGCGUGCGGCUGCACUUUGCGGAGCUGGGCCGGGGCGCGGCGCUCUGCCUGUGCCACGGCUUCCCGGAGUCCUGGCUCUCCUGGCGCUUCCAGAUGCCGGCGCUGGCCGCGGCCGGGUUCCGGGUGAUCGCCCUGGAGAUGAAGGGGUACGGGGAAUCCUGCGCGCCCCCCGACAUCUCAGAAUAUUCCCAGGAGCAGAUCUGCAAGGAUUUCAUCACUUUCCUGGAUAAACUGGGAAUCCCGCAGGUUAUCCUGGUUGGCCACGACUGGGGCGGGGCCAUGGCCUGGAACGUGGCUCUGUUCUACCCCGAGCGGCUCCGGGCCGUGGCCGUGCUGAACACGCCGUUCCGGCCGCCCGACCCCAAUUCCGACGUCCUGGAGCGGCUGCAACGGAUCCGGGAAUUCGACUACCAGCUCUACUUCCAGGAGCCGGGCGUGGCGGAGGCGGAGCUGGAGAAGGACAUCGGGAGGACCCUGAAGAUCCUGAUCCGAUCCUCCAGCCCCGAGGAUCGGCUCCCCUUCGACCUCGACUUCCACCGCGUCCGUGAGAGAGGUCAGGAACCCGGGAAUGGGGGAUCCCUUGGGAUUUGGGGAUCCCCUGGCGUAUGGGGGAUCCCCUGGGAUUUGGGAGAUCCUGGGAAUGGGAGAUCCCCUGGGAUUUGGGGGAUCCUGGGAUUGGGGGAUCCCCUGGGAUUUGGGGGAUUCUGGGAAUGAG